AUAAAUCUGUGACAAGUUAUCCAGCGAAUCUUCUCCUCUAGGACAAUUAAUAUCAUAGAAAGAUCAAAUUAGAUGUCAUUUUACAAGUAUUUCGAAUAAAUAUUAUCAACGAGAGAGAGAUUAAAAUGCUGUAUUUCCAUAAAAUCAAAUCAUUUAAUUCCACCGUAAUUCCUUGUGGUAAUAAUCUCCAUAGAAAUAUGCAUUGGCAAAGUCCGUCCUGGGAAAUGUAGUUGAUUGAUACAAGUGUUCAAUAGCUAUGAGCAUUUGACAUUCCAUUUAGUAUCAGAGAAGAUUCAGAUAUCAAUAAAAUGGCAGAAGAUAAAACGUUUAUAGAGGGAGAGUCGUGGACAAAAUCAUGCAAACGACAGGAAACAGAAAAUACAAACAAUUAUGAGUUGGAGACCAAGGGAGGUAACCCGGACAAGGACAAUGAUUGUGAAAAGGACGAAAAGAACGGAUGUGAUGAAGAUAAGGACAAUGCAGAUGAAGAAGAGGAAGACAAUGAUUGUGACUGGAUGACGAAAGAAGAGGAAGAAAGAAAAAUUAUACAAUGUCUGCAGGAAGUUGCAAGUAGAUGUACUCAUGCUAAUACGAAGAAAAGACCCACAUCUUAUGAAGUACUCGAUAUGUUAUAUAAAGUAUACGAACCACCAAAAGAACCAUGGUCGUUCAAAAGUUUCUGUCAGAAUCUAUGUCAGGCAGAAAACUACGAAGAUUAUGACGACUCCACGCUGGACACACCGGUAUCAAAAUAAAUAAACGUCAUCAAGGUUAAGACGCUUCAAAGUGUGUUGAUAACAUGGCUUCGCUUUUUCUUUAAAUUACAAACAAUAAAUCCAAUAUGCAUAGUAGAACACAUUUAUCUGCACAUUCAAAGAGUUUGAACUGCUUAUUGUAACUCUGUUUGUUAAAUAAAUACAUUUUUUAAGGAUUAACUUUGGAUUUAUUUCUUUAGGUGAUAGGUAAUUUCAGAUUCUCGUCCAGUGACGAAUAUCAAAAUUUAUA